AUGGUUCAUCCGGGGAUUUUCAGAAGUGCCACAAUUAGUCUGGUUUCAUUCUUAAAUUUGUGGUGGUAACCGCAGGGGGAGUCAGGGUAGCUGCCUUAUGCAAAUAUUGUUUUGGGUGGGCAAAUUGAAAGAAGGCAUGUGUUUUGUGUUGAUUUUAGUAACUUUGCAAUGUCAGAAAUUUGAAAACUUUACAGACAGCAAACUGAGUUUGAGUCAAUCAUUUAUGCACAGUAAAGUAAGCUGUAUAUCACUGCCCGCCUAUCAAACUUAAUGACUCACACAGUCACAGGAAUUAAUUCUGUAAAAGCUGUGUGGUUUUGAGUCUGUGAACUUGGAGGAAUAAAGAAACUGAGUUCACUUUUUAAAUCUUUGCUUAAACUGAUGAUCAGUGGAUAAUGAAGCCAUGUGAGUGACAUGCAUGCUGCAACAAGUGCUACAACUGCAGUGAUACUGUCAAGACAAUUGUAUAUGUCCAGUUAGAGUAGUGACUGGACUCUACGAUGGCUGGCCGGCACAGCAGGCUGCAACGCCAAAUCCUACAGCUCUACAAGCAGUUCCUUCGUCUGGCCGAGCAGAAGCCGGGGCUGGAUGCUCACGUACGGCAGGAGUUCCGGCGAUGGGCGGCCCUGGAGCGCACCGACGUCCAGCGCAUCGAGUACCUGCUGCGCAGGGGCCAGAGACAGCUUGGGAUGCUGCAGACGGGAGGGGUGGACAGGGCGGGAAGUUUUGUCAAGGAAAAGGACGGACAGCCUGCUUCAACGACAUCAACAGAGAAGAGUUGAUAGUUUCACAGAAACAGCUGUAUUAUGAUUAAAAUCUGAGGCUAUUUUGCUGGGAAUUUCUGUCGCUGUUGGCAAUUAAAUGGCCACGUAGUUUGACACUCUGUAAAUUUGGGGUCCAAAGUGUGACAUUUUUCCUGUCCCUGUUGGUACAUGUACUUAGUAAUUUGCCAUUCAAGUAUUAAGAAUGUCUUGAUGAUUUUUAAAAAUUUUUAUUGGGUACAUGUCAUGUAGGUUGUUUGCUAUUCAUAAUGACUCAUGGAGGACGUCUGCAUUAAAGAGCGUAUCAGAAUUACAAAAUUGUAUGAUGUUAUUGUAACGGGGACAGGGAAAAAAUGAACCCCAAGUUACACCCGGCUUGUAACCAGUUCAUUUUUAACCCCUUAUGGUACUCACACACAAUUAUAAAGUACCGGUAAUUCGUUUUACUCAAAGAGUUUUUCAAAAAAUAUAUAUAAAGAAUGGACACCUUCACUGAUAACAUAUGAUUUAUCCUUUCAAGGUUUGUUGUUGAGUCUGUAUUAAUUAUUAAGCCAAAAAAAAA